UGAUCGAGAGAUCAAUGGUUAUGCGAUCAUCCGGAGAAAAACACGUGUGUAGAUAGCUUGCUGUGACAGAGUGUGCUAUUUUUGUGCUUUGAUUCCAUCCGCCGGUUUAGUUACGGUCCGGAUAUCGUAGGAUCGCCAUGUCGUCGGGUUUAAUGUGCGUGCGUGACAUCGCAAAAGUGAUGUGUUUGCGGUAGGCCGCAACGAGGCCCAACAACGAGUGUGCGAGAGGGUGGAGCGGGCGCCACUACUUUCGAGCGGCCGGACGGACCGAUCCAUUACAUGUUCAAUGCUAAAACACAUCCAUACCGGGCCCGUAACGACGGGCCAAAAUCGUUCGAUACGGGGUACGGCCGGUGGUGGUGGUGGUCUCGGUCGUCCCAUACCACCGCUAAACGUGUCCACCGUGUCGGCCAGCUCGGCCGCCACGGUCAACUCGACCAACACCGGUCCGAUCGGUGCGGUCGGCACGAAGCACAUGAACGGUGGACCACCGGGACGGACACUGCUCUCAUCCUCCUUCAUAACGCCGUCCACCGGCAAUGGGACCGGCAACAACAACAACAACAGCAACAACCUCCUACACAACGCAUCCGCCCUCAGCGGACUGUCGGUCGCACUGGGGAACGGAGCGAUCGGUGGAGUUGGCGGAGGCGGCGGAGGUGGUGGAGGUCCGAUCGGUUUGGCCGGGUUCAAUCACAACAACUCGACGACGAAUAACAACAUCCUCAGCAGCACGAUCAACAUGAACAAGGACCGGUUAGGCGCCCGGGAAGCAUUGACCAGCCUUGGGCUGCUGUGUUUGGUGUCCCUACUGUUGGCAUUGCUUUCGUUGAUAUUUUUGCUGAAAAUUUCACCCGGUGGACGGGAUCCACCGCCACCGACCAUCGGACCGGCCGUGCUGGAGGAUUACGCCAUCGUGUACGACGUGACGCUGGCCCUGUGCGCACUGUCGCUGUCGCUGAACCUGUGCUGCCUGCUGGUGUGUGCCAUUCAGUUCCUGUUCGCCGUCAAGCUGGUCCGCGCACCUGCCACGACCGGAAGAGGCAACAAGUACUUACAGAAGUCCAGCGUUAGUCGCGUGUGUGCCGUUGGUGGAUUUUUCAUUUCGAUACCAAUAUUUUUAACCGGUAUCAUCCUGUAUACAUUCACCCAGUUCCACUCGACACCGGCCAUCGUGACGAGCAUACUGAUCGGUGUCGGGAUCGUGUUUUGCGGCGGCGCUAUGGUCCAUAACGUGUUCGUGUGGCAGCGGGAAAAGACGAUCAGUGUCCGGCAGACACCGCUCAACCUGAACCUAACGCUUUCGCCCCAGAUAAGCACGAUAUCAGCAACGGCGGCCGCGGCUGCCGCGGCACACCAGUACCAGAACGGGCAUGCAUCGGGCGCUCAUCAUCACAUCAGUCUGAACCACGUGUACAGCAACCACAACCACACGCCACUCACACACAACUCGCAGGCGAGCCACACGACACCGAUCACGCAGCUAACGCCGGUAACGCCGCUGUCCGGGAACCAUUCGCACAUCAGCUUCAACCAUUCCUACGUUCCGCCACCGUAUGCGGGGGUGCGUGCUGCCACGGCCACGCCACCGACGCCGAAGGUCAUCGGUUCGCUGUUGAACCGGGACGCGUCGGGUUCGGUCAGUCCCGGCAUGCCCGGUAGCGGGGCGAACAAUAACAACAAUCUGGACAUGAGCAAUGUUACGAGUGCCAACUCGCCGCACGAACUGUCCACGCUGGUUUGAUCAUGGUGGCCAGCGGUUGACGAUGUACGGAGAUGACCACGCUAAACGCUCGACGUAUCGGCGGUUUUGCGAUACGUUCAGAGGGUUGAGGUUGAUGUACGCACCAUGGAAAGGAUCAUUCGAUGUUUGAUAUUUUUUUGUUAAAGAAAUAGCUGUACUAUCGAAAACGGAAACGAAUCCUGCCGUAAAGCGGAGCGGGCUUGUUUGACGGAUUUUACAAUUGAGAAGGCUGAAGUUGUUUCCAUCGCGUAUUAAGUAGAAGCGAGAUCAGUUUUACACUUAGCACCCGAAUUAUGUUGAGAUUAUUUUAAUGAACGAGUGACAAUCCAUCACGCCCAUGUGCUGACUACGCUAGCUGCACAGCACUUUGUACAAAUUUUGUUUGCCUCAAAUUUGCCCCAUUUUAUUGGUAAGAAAACAAGAGCAGAAAGGCAGAUACUGCUACGAGGAUGGGGUGAACGUGCUCAAACGCCCAUUCGCGGACAACGAGUGAUAAAUGUUUAAGGAGAGUAUUUAUUGUAGCUGUGCUUAGUUAUGGACGUGGAGUGCGUCGAUAUGGACGAUACUGUAGGCACUUGCGCGGUGCGUAUUUGUGUACCUUGAAAGCAUAACAAUUUUAUAGAUCACCUUCGUGUCGAACUAAGAGGAGAGACAAGUUAGAUCCGAUUUUAUACAAUAAUCGACCUGCGAAAGGUACGAUUAGUUUUUAGAACUACUGUAAGUUUUACUCAAUCGCAGCUGCCCAGCUGGAUCUAAAUGUUGUUUCGCCAUUGUGGCUAGGAAUGGAUAGAUUAUGUUAUUUUUAUGGAAUAGAAAUACAAACCUGUCAAU